UUACGCUCGAUGUACACCAGACCAUCACGUCUGUGUGAAAUCAGUCACAGCGUUAUUACAGUCUGAUACGGAACUUAACAGUCACUUUCUGAGUGAGCAAACAGCAGCCGACACAAUGAGAGAACUGCAUUUCAAGGAUAAUUUUUGGAACACUGAUAUCACCUGCACAGCUGGAUAUGACGGCAUCAUCCAGCACUUGAAUGACGGCAAGAGGACGUGCAAAGAAAUCGAGGACUUCAUGAAAGCCAGAGCUGCGAUAGAAGAAAAAUAUGCCAAGGAGUUGCUGGGUUUGUCCAAGAAAGUGUGCGGACACAGUGAAAUGAACACCCUGAAACGAUCGCUUGACGUUUUCAAAUUACAAACAGAAAACGUGAGUUUGUCCCAUCUGCAUUUGGCCCAAACCAUGAGGGAGGAAGCAAAAAAAUUAGAAGACUUCAGAGAGAAACAGAAAGAGGCCCGGAAGAAGGUAGAACAACAAAUGGAUGGACUUCAUAAGCAGAAGGCCGCUCAGUAUAAGAAAACGGCUGAGGCGAAGAAGACUUAUGAGCAAAAGUGUCGAGAUAAAGAGGAAGCAGAACAGAACAUGAACAGAAACGCGACCACUAGCAGUUCCAAGCAGCAAGAAAAGCUGUAUGCCAAAACACAGCAAGCCAAGCAGACUGCAGAGGAAGCCGACAGGAUAUAUAGUCAGAAUGUGUCCAUGUUGGGGAAGAUGAGAGAGGAGUGGCUGAAUGAGCAUGUCAAAGCAUGUGAGUUCUUUGAGAAACAGGAAGUGGAAAGAAUCAACACCCUGAGAAACGUGGUGUGGACCCAUCUCAACCAUCUCUCCCAGCAGUGUGUCACCAGCGAUGAGCUCUAUGAGGAAGUGAGGAAGUCACUGGAGCAAUGUAACAUUCAAGAAGACAUUGAGCAUUUUAUCAACCUCAGAAGAACUGGAGAUAAACCACCAGCGCCUGUUCCAUAUGAGAACUUCUACAACAAUCAGCGAACCGUUCCCACUCGCUCCCUUCCCACAGCUGGCAGGAGAGCAGCGGCACCUCCACCACCAACUGCAGGAAAUGAUCCUUUAUACUCAACUGUGGCAGAACCAGGGUACAGCCUAAUACGAUAUUAACAAGAACGUAACUCGUCUUUCCAAGCCCUUCUGCUGCUCAACAGGAAUAUAGUGAAGGCAUGUGCGCCUUUUUACCAGCUUCCUCAUACCAUGUGGUGAGAAUAUAUUGUAGCCUGGCAAGAAGGGUGUCCUUGUUUCUGUGUAAAAACAUUAACUUGCUAACCUAAAAUCCACCCAUGCAAACAGUGAGCUUUGACACUUUUGCAUAGUCAUAAGAAGGCAAAUUAAGUUCUCACUACACUGAUAACAUCAACAAAACAACAUUGUAUAAAUAUUUGUAUUUUAUUAUUUUAUUUACUGUAAAAAAGGUUGAUUUAGAAUUUUAAAGGUGAAAUGUAAAAUUCUGCACCUGUAGUAUAACCAUUUGCAAACCAUUCAAUCAAUGGUAUAAGUUUGGGGCGGAGCUACCAGUUUGGCCAAUCACUGAAAGGCAGGACGGGAUAUAAUUUUUUUUCUGUAUGGUCCAAGUGGUGCAGAAAAUAUACUCUUCACCUUUAAAUCAGCUUUACAAAGGCCACAAAAAUAUAAUUUAUUUCUAAUGUAAAAUUCUACACACUGUCAAUACAUAGUCCUGCAUCACUGGAUAUAUUGCUUCAAUAAAUGUAUAUAAGAUUUGACCUCAUUGUCAUGUGAUAAACAGUGUUGUGGGUGUAUGUUUGAGUUGUGUAUAGAAAACUGUUUCCAAGAACACUUUAGCUUUAACUUGAGAUUCUGAAGUGUCCAACGAGUCAACAGUUUGCUUUCUCAUAAGUUCACGGGAGAUGAGAAGCUGUUAGUUUUGAAAACUUUCAGUGAAAAGUUCCUAAAAGAACCAUUUUGUCUUAGUGUGAAAAACUUUUGAAAUCUAAAGAACCGUUUUCCACUAUAAAAAACCUUAUAUGCAUUGGAAUGUUCCAUAAAUGUUAAAAGUUCUUCAUGGAAUCAUUGAUUCCAAUAGAGAACCUUUAUUUUUAAGAGCGUUCCGAAAGGUCGACCAAUGGUGGGAAUUCAGAAGCAGCCUUGCUCAAAUAAAGUCUUUUGUUGGUCUAAACCGAAGCUGUUGAUUUUUCACAAAUUCAAGUCUUUGAAUCAUGAAGCUGUUCAAGGGAUAGUUAACCCAAAAAUGAAAUUCUGUCAUUAAUUACUCACCCUUAUGUCGUUCCAAACCUGUAAGUUCAGUAGAGGUAUUUUGGUGAAACCUGAGAGCUAUCUGACGGUACUACUGCGUAACGAGAAUAUUUUUUGUGCACAAAGACAACAAAAAUAACAUGCCUUGUGGUACUCUCGUAAAUGCGUGUCGAAGACCGACACGGAAGAGGAGAAAUUGUUGAAUAAAGUCAUUAUUUUUGUUUUCUUUGUGCACAAAAAGUAUUUUUGUAGCUUCAUAACAUUACGGUUGAACCACUGAUGUCACAUGGACUAUUUAAAGUCCCCCUGUAGUCAAAAUCUGUAUCCUUUGAUCAAAAUGACAUAUUUAAAUGUUUUUUCUUGAAAAUAAUUUGCUCAUGCCUUAAAACAGCUUGAAUGUGACUCUAUCCCCCUUGCCUCAUUUAUGCAAAUUAGCCCUGCCCCCACUCAGUCACACCAGCCAGAGUUUCCUGAUCUACUAACUGAACUGUAUUAAACAUGAUAUAAUGGGAAAACACAGAUAAGGACUGAUAAAACUAUAUUUUGCCACUGCGGUCACCACCGUCACGUUAGACGGGCAUGGUUUCAGUAACCAGCUCCACCCACGUCUCGCCUCUUUGCCCAUUUUCGAUGUCCGGGACUGACGUGCAGUGACGCGAUUCCAAGAUGGCAACAGCCGACUCACGCCCACUAAGAGCUUCAAAAAUGCUCUUCAGAAACCUACGGGUGACGUCACGGACACUACGUUAAUAUUUUUUACAGUCUGUGGUCUGACUCUGGUCUACUUUUACACUGUUGCCGCGGGGUUAUUUUUCAAGUUAGCGGUUAGCGGUUGUGCUCUACUAAAUGCUCUGGUUUUGCACUGAUAAUCCGCUUGGUAUAUUUUGCAUGCCAAUUAUAGGAAUCUAUCCCUAUCUUUGUGACGCAGCAACAAAAGUGCUAUUUCAAACCACAUUUCUGGGACAGUCUUUGGGAAACUACAGUUUUAAGGAGAAAUACUCAGCAGUGGUGUUGAUUAAUGGACUGGCACAUGGUUUGUCUAAAAGCAUAUUAAAAAACACCACACAGACAAAUAAACAACAUAAAAAUUUGGAUUUUCACUACAGGGGGACUUUACCAAUGUCCUUACUGCAUUUCUGGGCCUUGAACGAUGUAGUUGCAUUGCUGUCUAUGCUGGGUCAGAAAUCCCUCGGAUUUAAUUAAAAAUAUCUUAAUUUGUGUUCUGAAAAUGAACGAAGGACAUGAGGGUAAGUGUGUGUCUCAAUAAUUUCUGGGAUCUUAUCGAUAAUGAUGAAUAGACAAUAUUUUGCUGAGUGUGUUAUUGUGCUGGUAUUCUAAGGACUAGCAUGGACAGCUGACUCUUAAUUUUUUUGAUAUUCUUCAUAUUCUGUGUGGUGGUCAGUUCACACUGAUAGAAAUUAAUCUGUUCCAAUAAGUUUCAGUUGAUUUAUACCUUUAAAACGGUAUUUUUUCUAAAAGUGUGCAUUAUCUUUUGAGUCAAAUUCUUACAUAUGGGCUGUUACCAAGCAAAUGAAAUCAGACAAAAUAAAAUUUGUCUAUGCAAUGCAGAGGAAAUACAGAAGCUGCAUCUGAAGAUGUAUUUACAUGCAGGUCAUGAAUGCAUUUGACCUGCGGUUACAAUUGCAUGAAUAAUAGUUUUAUAUUUUAAACAUAAAACAUUGAAUAAGUGAGUUAAUAAGUGAGUCAUUGCGAUUGAACCAAAUCAUUUAAACAUUUAAAUUAUUCAAGACAGAAACACCGUCAUGUUGCUCAGAGACACAAAACAGUGCUGUGGCUAUGUUUGGGAUGAUUUUUGUUGGUGAAAUAGAGCAAAAACAGGCAAUAUGGUGUCUAAAACGUACGUCCCUCUGUAGGAAAAAUCAAGAUUUUUAUGUUGUUUAUUUGUCUAUGUGGUGUUUUUAAUAUGCUUUUAGACAAACUAUGUGCCAGUCCAUUAAUCAACACCACUGCUGAGUAUUUAAUGUGUGCACUACAUUUGGUAGGUGUUUUGAAUGUUUUUUUUGCAAAAUACUCGAUAAUGUCAAAUUGAACAUCGUUAAAACAUCAAUUACGAUAUUAUUGCAGACGAUAUAUAUCGCCCAGCCCUACAUGAGGGUGAGUAAUUAAUGACAGAAUUUUCAUUUUUGGGUGAACUAACAUUUUCAGUGCUCAGUAGGAACCCAC